AUGUUGUUACCAAUCGGUGGAGUAGCAGGGAUGAAUUCUUCAAUGGAUGAUAUGACAUUGAUUCAGCAAAGCCAGAGACAUCACUUGGUUGUGAGAGAGCUUGGUGAGGAGAUUGAUUUAGAAAUUGGACCUGGGGAGGAUGACCCUUCAUUUGGUAAUGCUGCUCUAAUCGGUGCACCAAUGCGGGAAUCCUCUGCAGAAGAACAUGGAGAAAGCAAGCAGAUGGGGAUGGUUUCUCAGAUUCCUAAUGAUUCUCCAGAUAUGUCCAAGAACCAGCAGGUGAAAAGGAAGAAAAAGGUUGUCAAAAGAUGGAGAGAAGAAUGGGCAGACACCUAUAAAUGGGCUUAUGCUGAUGUGAAGGAAGGGACACUUAGGAUUUUCUGCUCUGUCUGCAAGGAGUAUGGCCGGAAGCAUAGAAGAAAUCCUUAUGGGAAUGAGGGCAGCCGUAACAUGCAGAUGAGUGCCUUGGAAGAACACAAUAAUAGUUUGCUUCACAAAGAGGCUCUUCGUCUUCAAAUGGCAUCCAACGAUAAAAUUGUGGUUGACAAGCCUGUUUACGUUAAAGGUUGGCCAUCUCAGCAUGCUGCAAUUACUGUCAUGUAA